UCAGCCCCUUCAUGCAGUUUGCUUUGAGCCAGCCUGUAAGAGGAGUUCCCAGCCCCUCACAGCCCCUCUGCAGAGAAGCUGAGACAGAGGGACCCUGUUGUGAGUCCUGGCCCUCACCUGCAGGUUGUGUGUGGCUGGAGGCAGUAGCAGGAUGGAAGUCUCUUUCCCCUUUAGCUGGUGUCUGUGCCUUGGCUGCCUCCUUCUGCUGUGGCUGAAGCCAGGGAAACCAAGCUCAGACAGUCCAGAGUGCAGCCCAAGGAAAGACCCUUUGUGCUGGGAGUCUCUAGUGGCAAUGCCCCCUUCCCAGCCAGAACCUGGCUGUGACAGGCUGGGAGGAUGCAGGCUCCACUUCCUUGCUCCUGAGGAGCUGCCAGCCCUGGAAGAGGUGAGGGAUGUCCCAGAGGAGCAGCAGAUGGAGUUCAGGCAGAUCCUGAAACAAGCCGGAGAGGGUCACAGCAAGCCAAGCCCUUCCCGGGCCAGGAACCUGCUUGACCGUCUCCAAACAGUGGAAGCCAGCGUGGCGGCCGUGGCAUCCAGGCUGCAGAGGCUGCAGGAAGAGAACAAGCUCAACCUGAGCCGUGUGGAGGAGAGACUUGACUCCCUGGUGGUCCUGCUGAUGGGAAUCCUGUCUGGCUGCAAGCUGUCCUGCGAUGAUUCUGUCCUGAAAACAUCCAUCCUGGAAAGCAGACGCCUCAAGACACUGGAGACAAAGGAAGAGGCGCAUUUGGUGCUGAAGGGGAUGGGGCAGGUGGGAGCACAAGAUUUAGGAAAAGAGCACAAAGCUGAGAAGACACCAGCCUCUCUGGUGGAAGCCUCCAAGAAACCAGACCAGAGCUUCCCUCGGGACUGUGCUGAGAUCUACAAGCAGGGCAUCCAUGAGAACGGUAUCUACACCAUCCAGCCCAUCCCGCUCCGGCAGCCUUUUGAGGCAUACUGUGACAUGGUGACAGAUGGGGGCGGCUGGACCGUGUUCCAGCGCCGGCAGGACGGCUCCCUAGAUUUCAAUCGCACCUGGCAGGAGUACUGCCUGGGCUUCGGCAGCCUGCAGGGCGAACACUGGCUGGGCAAUGAGCAGCUGCAUGGCCUGACGCACCUGGGCCAGCACACCCUGCGUGUGGAGCUGGAGGACUGGUAUGGUGUCCAGCGUCACGCCAUCUACCUCAAGUUCAAGAUAGCCAGUGAGGCCAACAAAUAUCGCCUGACAGCCCGGGAGUAUCAGGGCAAUGCUGGCAAUGCCCUGAGCUACAGCCACCACUACAACCAUGACCACAAGUGCUUCACCACCUGGGACAGUGACAAUGACAACUACCCCAUGGGCAAUUGCGGUGCCUACUACGGGGCCGGCUGGUGGUUCGACUCCUGCUUGGCGGCGAACCUGAAUGGCAAGUACCACCGGGGCCAGUACAGUGGGGUGACCAGCGGCAUCUAUUGGGGCACGUGGUACAUCCUGACUGACAAGAAGACUAAUCAGAAGUAUUCAUUCAAGAAGGCAGAGAUGAAAACCAGGCCAGGUGGCUUCUAGAUGGAGCCCAUGGUGGGAGCAUGGCCGGGACUGGGGCCCUGAUGCAUAGACAUCAGUCUGGCCACAGGGAUGCACUUACCCAUGCAUGGGCUUGCUGGACACUGCUCUCAUGGGAAAGUGUGUGAAUGCCUUCACUCAAGUCCUUUCCACCCAUGGCUUGGAGAAUGCAGUGCUGGGACUGAGCCCCAGAGCAAGGGAAGAAAAGGCUUCUCUACCUGGGACAGAUAAGGAUACAGGAUAAACCACCCUUCCCAGGGCUGGCUUCCCAUCCUCUUGUCCCAAUCAGCAUUCCCCUCCUCUUCCCCAGCAUUCCCCUCUGGCAGCAGCUGGCCCUUUAAAUUAGGCAGGGAUGCACAGCGGUAGCCCUAAGGGGACCAUUUGGUAAUGGGCUGCUGCUAGCUGCAUGGCAUUGUCUCCUUCCCUGGCUGACACGGUCCAAGCUCCUGGUACGUUUCCUUACCUCUUCUUCCCUUUGCUGGCCUGUUUUCACAAGUGUCUUGGGUUGGAGACAGGAGUCUGAGCUGUGCAGUGCUGGGGAGCUGGCUUGGCAGGAGAGUUUUGUAGCCAUGGACUGCUUGGCUCCAAAGAGGAGCAGGCUGGGCCUUAGCUGAAGGGACAAUGAGCCUUGAGUAUUGCUUGGCUUGUUGCUUGCCUUGGUGAGUCUUGAAUUUGGGGAGUCCAGCUAUCCCUACCUGGUGCCUGGAUAAAACACCCAGAGAGCUGCUACAUUUGGGGAUGAGGCCCCAUGUGCGUCAAUAGUCUAUUUUGUACGUGAAUUAAAACUUAGUUUAUUAAUAGCAGCAUUUGCCUGUGCACUGAGUCAGCCUGAUUCCUGCACAGGCAGGAUGGGGAAAGGGCAGCAGUGCCUUGGAGCUUCCUGUCUGCUUUGAGGGGAUGUUAGGAGCCCAGACACUUAUUCGAGCCAAGGUUUCUUUGUCUAAUUGUCCAAAAAUUCCUUCUCCCUCUUACUGUCCUGUCCUCCACCCCAGAGGUAGCUGUGCUUUUGAGUGGGGAAAACACAGUGUUGUGACUGGCUGACUUUACACCAGGAGGGGAAACUGGAGGACAAAAGUGAUUCUGGAUCUGGGGAACACCAGGAAGACAAGGCUCUUGCUGCAGCAGCUGCUUUGAUUUCUAUCCUGUGGAAGUGGGACAGCUCUCCCCAGGCUGGCAGCUCCCUCCCCCUCCUCUACCCUGUAAUCAGGCUGAUAGGUUGCUUUUGCAAGGCUCCUGGGCUGUCUGCAUCCCCUCUGCUAUUUAUAGCUGCUUCCUUGCAGCCAAGACCUCCAUUAAUGAGCAGGAUCUGAGGGCUUCCUAGCAGCCCCAGGCACUAAGCAGAGGCACUGAUUAAACAGCAGCCCUUCAGCUGGGGAGGGAGACGCACAGAAGAUGCUUGUCCCUGCUGCAAGGCUUUGAUUUUUCAGACUCAGAGGGCUCUGCUGUGCUGAGCAGGACCCCAGACAGCUGAGGA